AUGGGAAAAUCCGAAAUGCAGAAGAUCCAGAGAAAGAAACCGCAAGAAAAUGAGAAGAAUUUUGUGAAAGCGAUUGAAAGAUUGAUCGAAUUAGCGAUGGAAGACGAUCAAAUGAACUUUCACGAACUAGAGACGGAAAACGCCGACCAAAUGGUUUGGCUAAUGAAGUGUCCACCGAGAGUCGUCAAGGCAUGGCGCGACCUUUCUUCUCCGUCUUCUUCUGAUUCUGUUCCCAUGGCGAAGUAUACCGACUCCGUCAACCUCCUCCUUCCCGAUUUGUCGCCCGAGUUGACUAUGGAAAUUCUUGGUGCUGAGUUAUGGAACGUUUCAAAGCUCUAUUCUGUGAACAAAUCCAAAGACUUUUGUGGUCCAAUGAGUAUCUUCUCUGAAGCAAAUCAAGGUGAAGUUGCUGUGGAAGGAACGGUAACAGAUAAACUCGAGAUGAGACCACAUUGUGGCAUUGAAGAAUACGGAAAGCUUUGUCAAGGGAGGAACAGAAAACAGGUGGCUGAAGUUAGACACACACAGGCUCUUGAGAAUUGCCGUGGACUGCACUUGAUCCCCAAGCCUGUGAUGGUGAAGAAGAAGACUGCUUCAGUGAAGCUUGAAAGGAGGAGUAGAAGCAGUCGUGGUAAGGUGGAAGCGAUGAUAAUGGAGCUAUUUGAGAGACAACCGAAUUGGACAUGGAAGCAACUUUUUCAAGAAACCAACCAACCAGAGGAAUUCUUGAGAGGAAUACUGAGAGAGCUUUGUGUGUACAAUGGCCAUGCGAGAAGCUACGAGCUUAAACCAGAAUACAAAAAUACUGGCGAAGAAGACACAACAGAUGCUCACUAA